CACACUGACCGCCGUCUUGGACAGUUUGCGUGAAUUUUUAAUUUCUUUACUGUAUUGUGACGGUGUUUGUUGUUAUGGGCGGCGAGGACCCAAGCACUUUGGCCACUGUGGAGUUCGAAGUUUAUGGCCAGGUUCAAGGUUGCUAUUUCCCGAAGUACUGCAAGGAGUUAGCGCAGCAGCUGGGCAUCGGUGGCUGGGUUAAAAACACGAAGAAAGGCACCAUCGUCGGGAAACUGCAGGGGACGAAAGCGCAACUAGACCACAUGAUCAACUGGUUAAGUACAACGGGCUCUCCGGGGUGCAAGAUAGAGAAAUGCGACCUCACAAACUGGGAGUACGUGGCUAGAAUAGCGUACACUGAUUUCAGUAUACGAUUCUGACUGAUAACAAUGAAUGUCAAAAAUAUGAGGUGCUUGUUUUAAAUGCUAUC